AUGGCUGUAGAAGCAACACGAGUGCUGCUACAGCAUUUUGCUUCCGACCAAACUGCGACAAGUAUAUUGAAGAAUGGAGGCAAAUCGUACUCUGAGAUAGCCGCUAAGGAGCUGCCGAUGUUACAUGAUAACUGGACUCGGUUCUGUGCUUAUCUGUGGCCGGCUGCAAGCGAGGAGCGACUGAAACUCAUCGCUGAGACUAUUGUCUACAUCUUCAUCUUUGAUGCUGAAUGGCAGAUCCAAACAUUUCAGAACGAAUUCGUAUCACGACUAAAGGCUCAAAUGCCUUACGGAGACGAUGAACCAGUCUCGAUCUUGCAGAAGGCCAUGCAUGCUACUAUCCAAGGCCUUCAUGAUCAAGAUGGCAUCAUCGGUGACGGAGGAGCCGAGGUAGUUGCAAGAUUGAUGGAUUUCAUCAAUCACCCCCCGCCCCCCACCGAAUUCCACAGUCUGAGAGAAUUUCUGGACUAUAGGAUAAUCGACGCAGCUGUCCCAAUUGCCAAAUUUCUUAGGCUAUUUGCGGACCAUGUAUCGAUUUCAAAUGACCUUGGUUCUUUCGAUAAAGAGAAAAGAGCCUACGUAGAGAGAAAGGUGCACUACCUUGUGAACACAGUGGAAGAAGUUCGGAAGACUUAUUCCCUUCCCAACGACGAAGCCGCGAAAUUUGUCACGUUGGCUAUCCAGGUGGAAGUGGAAAGAGAAAUGGCAAGAGAACUUUCACAACUCAAUGUCGAUAGCAGCGUUCCUGAACCUGAGAAGGAAUUCGCAAAUGCGUUGGUAUUCACAGUCAGUGGAAGUGUUUUGAGCUCAGUUGUCAUGUCUCGAUAUGGUGGUAGAUAUAUUGGCGGUUGA